AUGGGAGAGAUUAUGGGCGAUUGUCAAGGCGAGAAGAUCAGAGAAGGCAUAUUGAAAGAACCAAUCGAGAUCGACGGGAAAGAUAAAACGCUCUUUGAAAUCAAACCAAAGAUGUUUGCUGAACAACUCUUUGCGCUUGAUUUGUGGCUGAUGAAGAAAUUGACCAUCUUUGACUUCCUCUCGAAAAGUAAAGAGUUUUCCGUGUACGUCAAACAAGUCAGUUGUGUCGAGUUCAUCACCGAGGCCGCCGUCAAAUAUUCCGAAAAGAAGAAGAAGGCGUUUGAGUUCUUUAUGAAUGUUGCGAUCGAGUCAUUAGAGUUGGGGGAAUACAAUGUGGCGUUUAUGGUGUACUCCGCAGUGACUUCGCAAAUCAUUUUAUUCUGCGAUGAUUGGGAAGACGUGAGUAAAAGUUGCAGUGAGAAGUAUAAAGACCUGGAACAAAUCUUUGGGAUCUCAAAUGUGAAAGAAUACACAAAACACUUUGAACAGUGCAAACGAAACAAAGUGCCCAUCGUCGCUAAUAUCAUCGGAAUUAUCGAUCGGUGUAACGUCGAAAAACUUUCUGAGUUAAAAGGAGAUGAUUAUGCACUCGCUUUUGCUUCAAGAACUCGAUUGCCCGGUAGAGUCCUUGUUCCACUUUAUAACAUACUUAAAAACCAACCUGUGUUCACACCAGAACCAUCCCUUCAACGGUUCUUAGGUCUAUGUUUAAAUACACAAUAA